CUGACAGUGGAUUAGCAAUUUCAGAGUAUACGUGGAUUAAGCUAUGCACUGUACAGUGGAGAAACCCAGAUGCUUUUAUCUAAUUCCGUAUGUUUUGUUUCAGCAUUAAAGAUAAGCAAAUAUAUGUGUUUUUUACUUGACUAUCUAGGGUCCCUGCUUGAAUUUGAUUUUUUUUUCUCAAUAAAUAAGCAGGUUAAAUAGCCUAAUACUUUGACAUAUGAAAACAACUGUUUACUUGAUUAAUGUUAAAAUUCCUUUAACCGGUUACAAGACGCUAUCCUGUACUUGGUCGAAUAACAUGGAUUUAUGUAUUGUAAAUACAAACUGACAUGUAUUAGUAUACUUGUUUAAAGUACUGUACAACUCAUUUGCAUGAACAAUUUUGUUGUAGGACAAUACAGUAUUAGCACAGUAUGAUUAAAUCUAUAAUAUACCCCCCAUGUAAGCUGUGGGACAAGGAGGAAUCGAUUGGUGUCGGUCUUAGGACCCCUUUAAAUGCUCAGUACAGCGGGUUUUGGCUUAGUCCGGGUGCAUUUUAAUGAAUAAAACAAACUAUAAGUGCUUUCUUCGCCAUCGGCUCGAGUGGCUGUGGGCAGCUGACGAAAUGCCGUUCAGAUGCCGAAAUGACAUCAAAUUCGAAGCUAAUUCGGCAUCUGCCCGCUGCAACUGGACACUUCGGCAACUGCCCGAUUUCGGCCACGGUUCAUAACAUAUGUUCUAGGUUAAGAAUAUUUGUUUAACGAAACUGUUCCGUGGUCGGACAGAUGUAACUUGUGCAUUUUUCAAAUGCAAACAUUGAAACCGUGGGGUGGAAGUGGUAAAAAUAAAUAAAUAAAUAAACUAUACCGUACAGUAUACCUCUAUUGGUGGUGAUGAUAUCCAGUGAUUACCCAGGUCAUUUCUUGGCAGGCUUUGCUGUUUUUUUUAUGCAACACACGUUGCAAGAGUCGCAGGAAUCCAAAUGGAAAGUUAUACAGUAUUUUGUGCAGUAUUGAAUUGACAUGCACAACAAUACAGUAAUCAUCCAUUCAUGAUAAUCCCAACCCUUAUUCAUAUAAACUGCUAUUUAUUGUAAGGAUUGCACUUCAUGGAUUUUGUUAAGGUUAUAGACUUGAAUCCACCUUAUAAGUACUUAACAGCAACAGUGAUUACCAAACAGUAAGUUUCUCUCAGCAUAAGUUAAAUAGUGACCGGGUACUGUUUACAGUUUCUUAAGGGAAAGCCAUUCAGAAACUGGCUUUGAACUAAUGAUGAAGAACGUUGGUCCUACUUUGUAAAGUGACAAUUAAUCUCCUUUAAUACCGACUACUGUGAAUCACACAUUGGUUGCCUUGAGCAGACAUAUAGCACUUCUGAGCCUCAAAUUUGAGGGAAAUGACACAUAGCAAUGAAUUACUGCUUUAUCGGAUUUAAUUUCAGUUAAUGUAGUGUCAUAUUAAAGCUCUUGAGAUAAAUGCAGUGAUUGUUGCCCUUCUGUGUAGCAAGGAGGAUAAAGGAUCAGAGAGUGAGUCACAGUAUUGGAUAUUUAUCUAAAGCUAAUUAAACUCUACAAGAAUGGACUUAAGUAACCGGAAAAGUGAUUAGGUAACAAAACUAUCUAUCAUGCUUAUAAACUGUGUGAGCCCUAUCACAUGCAACAUCCCUACAGAAACCACAUGAAAUAGUAAUUUUCUUCUUGACAUGUGAUUGCAGUAAGACUGCACAAGUUCUGAUGUUAUGCCAGAUCAGUUUGGCAUGUGAUUGUGUCUUCGUCUGGUCAUGUUGCUUGCUCGUUGAGCAACUGGUUUUGCUUCCUCUUAAAACCUUAACUGUAUACCUCCUACACUUUCGUACAAUGGUUAAUGCAGUAUGUGAUACUGUGCAUUACUAGCCUAGCGGUACAGCAGUAUUUCCAUGGUGCUCAGUUUUGAGUGUGCUAUUGUGCGCUGCUGCACUUAAAGAAAAUGCUUGAUGAAGGCCAUCUAAACGAAACGUUGCUCUGUUUUUAACUUUGUUCUUUUUAAACAAUAACAAAGAAUGGAAAUUUGAUCUACGAUCUAUUGCUAUGGUGUUGCUCCUCUACGUGCACCAAUCAUGAAUAAUAUUGGGAUAUUUGGGAGACUGAUCCCAGAGGUAGCACCCAGGAAUGGAAAUACAGCUUUAUCGUCAUGGUGACCGAUCCCCUGUCAGAACCUUUCCCACUGAUCCCCAUCAGGAGAGUGCCUGGCCUCAGGGAUUUGGACAGCUCACCCAAGUGGGGAUGAGGCAGCAUUUCGAGCUGGGACAGACUCUGAGAAGACGAUACCGGGGGUUUCUUAAUGAAACCUACAGUCGGAGAGAGAUCUUGAUUCGCAGCACAGAUUAUGACAGGACGUUGAUGAGCGCUGAAGCCAACCUAGCAGGACUGUACCCUCCCAAUGGCAGUGAGGUCUUCAACCCAAACAUCACCUGGCAACCCAUUCCAGUCCACACUGUCCCGGACACUGAAGACAUGUUGCUGAGGUUCCCAUUGCCAAACUGUCCUCGUUAUAAUCUCCUGAUGAACGAGACUAAGAAAACGGAGACAUUUGUGAACAUGACGAAGAACAAUAUUAAAUUUUUGGAAAUGGUGGCCAAUGAAACUGGAUUGAAGGAUGUUUCUGUAGAGUCAAUCUGGAGCGUCUACGAUACUCUGUUUUGUGAGCAAAGUCAUAACAUGACACUGCCUCCUUGGGCAACGCUGGAGGUGAUGCAGAAGUUAAAGAAGCUGAAGGACUUUAGCUUUGAGUUCAUGUUCGGGAUCUACAAGAGGGAACAGAAGGCCCGUCUCCAAGGAGGUGUUCUUCUGGGGCAUAUUGUAAAAAAUAUCUCGCAAGCUUCCAGUACCCCCUCCACUGAUCCCCUGAAGCUGAUGGUCUACUCAGCUCACGACACUACCAUUGUGGCUUUGCAGCUGGCGCUGGACGUUUACAACGGCAAACAGGCCCCCUAUGCUUCUUGCCACAUUUUUGAGCUGUACCAAGAAGAUCAUGGGGCCUUCACAGUAGGGAUGUUCUAUCGGAACGAAACCGGGAAAGAUCCGUACCCUGUGAAACUGGCAAACUGUACCCAGGACUGUCCACUUGAGGAUUUUAUUAGGAUCACGAAGUCCGUCAUUCCAGACGACUGGGCAAAGGAAUGUCAGAUCGGCAGCACACUCCAAGACACAAAAGUGAUCGUGGGUCUGGCAGUUUGCAGCUGCUUGCUCUUUUUACUGAUUCUGCUUCUGCUGAUUGUUCUGUGCCGGCAGAAAUCUCAGGCAGACGGGUAUCGCCACGUCAUAAACGAGGGUGAAGACCAAUCCUGACAGUCACUCACACUUCUCAGAAAAGAAGAACUGUCAGAGAGCGAGGAUGACUUUUAAUUCUCCUAGGACAUAAUGAAGGGGAGCCGAGACAAGUUAUUGAGCAAUCACAAAGUAAAAAAAAAAAAAAAAAAUAGUAUUUUUUCAGAGUUCCACUUUCUUGGUGCCACAGUAUUUAUGUUGACUCUAGAAAGGGAUGCUUGAUAUAUAGUCGCAGGACAAACACAUGGACUGAAUUCUUUGGGAGCCACUAAUGCUCUCAGUCCUUACUGUGGCAUUGUUUGUGUGUAAAAAAAAACAAAAAAACGAAGAAAAAAAACAAAUAAUUAUAAUUUUGAAUGCAACGAAUGUCUAGACUGAAGUCCGUUUCACACUGGGAUGCUCUACCCGAGUUGGAACCUACCCGGGUCGGAACCCGGUGUCAUGCGGGUCGGCUAUGUGAUUUCACGCUGCUUUUGAUAAAGCAGGGUUGACCUGGGUGACAGACGCAAGUACACAAUGCGUGUAUCAAUGCCUCGGAAGCAGCUUGUUACAGACGCUUCCAUCCAAGCUUCUCUGGAUUGAACUGUCGGCCCAAAUGUUGAUUAGAGCAAAUGUUUCUUCAUUCUUGCUGCAAUCUGGCUCACAGUGUGUCUCAAUCAAUAAAAAAAUAGGGCUACACAAAAUAAACAAAAAUGUUCCAUGCGGAAGUGAAACCUUCACGCAGGUGUGGCUGUUUAUUUCGUCGGCUUGCGAACGGCCGUCAUGCAUUUUGUCUCGCUCAGUCCCAGUCAAAGCGCAUCAUGGACCCCGGUUUCACCCCACGUGGUAUUAUGACCCAGAUAGCCAGAACCCGGGUAUAGUGCCAGUGUGAAAGGGGCUUUGGAGACCUUUUGGAGAAGAACACAUUCUGUGCUCAAUAUAACAUGCUUUUUUUUUUACCACAAGAGUGCGCUUCUAACCAUCUUUUACUACCUCCUUCCUCUCCUUUUAAAAUAGGGCUCAUUCCGGUCUAAGACUUUGACAGUAGCUAUUGUUGAGAAAAACACUGACCUUGACAGGGUUUUGUUUCCCAGUGAGUUUGUUUGUGAUUAGUGCCCAAAUCGACUUAUGAAUCCCAAUGAUAAUGUUGGUUUCAACAUGGCCAACAUGGGACAGAAUUAAGAAUCAGAUAUUAAUGUGCAGGACCCUGGAUAUAGUCACUGUUAAUAGUCCCACCCCAUCCAUCCAUACACAAAAUGAUGCUUGAGGGAAGCUAACCCACGAUUAAUUGUAAGUGAAGUGCACCCUACUUAAAAGAUGCAUUUGUGUUGCUAUAGUAACAGUCAUGUUAAUAUAAAUUUAAUUCAAUAGACAUUUUUAAUUCAUUUUUUUUAAUUCAGGAAUGUGAGUUAAUUUAUUAGCAUUCUAUAUUUACAGCUGGGGCUGCCUUUGAUAUACUAGGAUUCAUAACUUCAACAGCACUAUCUGUCUUGAGCAAAACCGUAUAUGAGAGUGGUAGGAAACGUUGAAUUGCAUUUGCUAAAUAAUACAAUGAAUUGGCCAAGCCAAAGCAAGUAGAAACCAGAAUAUCUAGAGUCCAGACCAACAGCUUUCAGUUUAUUCUGGGGAGCCUAGAAUUUUGCAACAUCGUUCAAGUCUUUUCAACCCUGCAUGUGUAAGGGGAAGAGGGGUUUAAUUAUUAUUAAUAUUAUUUUUUUUUUUUUUAUGGUUUGGGUUUUUAUCUUCAUGCUUGUGAAUUGUAAUUUUAAAAUAAAAUUAAAUACAUUUACAAUGAAUUAUAUCUCUUUUAAUUGUGAAAAUGGAAGCAUUAAUGUCCAUGAUUAUGAUUGGGAAUUUCAUUUUAUGUGCCAAACUGCCUGCAUGUUGAAAAUUGAGAGGAUAUGAACAACCCCCCGCCAUACUGUAUACGUUGCAUUUACUGGCAUCAGUCAGAUCUUUGGGACCCAAUUGUUCUACUGGAUUACAAAGUCAUGUGCAUUACAUCCUUACUAUAGUUCUGUAAAGAAAAAAUGCGUGACUGAAACUAAAGGAUUUCAAUGGUAUUGCCGUUAAUUCAUAUUCAAUAUAACCACAUGGAGUGCAGCAUUUAUUUAAUCUUUUGGUUGGACAUUUUGAACAUUUUAUACAUGUGAAUUUAUUUGAAUUUUAAGUACAAUGUGGCACUUUUUGACUCCCUGUU